CCUCUGCUGAAGGUGCGGGGUAAAGGUGGCACACAGAAAGGCACAGCGAAGAGCGCGACACUACACACUCCAACCGACUUCAACACGACAACACAAACAUAAUGUCUAUUAGCCGGAAAAACUGGUCUGCUUUGUCAACGCUGGCUCGACAGUGGACUGUGGAGGAUGAGGAAGAGGUGGAGAGAGAGAAAAGGAGGAAGACAAGGGAUUCUACAGCAGACUCGGAUGAAAGUCCCACUGAAGAGACCAAACCACAAACCAGUAGCGGGCCUGAUGAUUCUGAAGACUCCGGUGGCGGUCUGGCCCAGCUGCAGCUGGACUUUGUGGAGAUGCUGCGAGUCCGUGACGAACGGCGGAGGAUGAGGCACGUUGAAACCCUGAGGAAGAAUAAGGGGGAAGAUGAUGGUGGCAGAGAGGGCAGCCCGGAUAAGGAGCCCCAUGUGGAGCUGCUGGGGGAACAGCAGGACGAGGAACUCUUCAAGAGCGUGCAGCACUGCGUGGAGACCUUCAUGUCACCAGAACCUCCCACCAACUCCACAGACUCGGAGACACAGGAGAAGCAAAAAAAUGAAGACACGAACCAAGAUUCAGCAAACUCCCCAACUCCCCCAAAAGCAUCCCGAAAGUUUGUGAGCUCUCUCUCCAUCUCCUUUGAUAAGAGUCCCACAUCACCCCCAGCAACAAGCAGACUGGUUUCUCCUCUGAGCUCCAAGUCUCCGCCCCCUCAGUCUCCGAGGGCGGAGUCACCACACAGCUCCACCCACUCCGGCUCUAUGAGCCCCACACCGAAUGGAGACGCAGCGAGACAUGAAAAUGGGUCACCGAGCAAUUUCGAACCAGCUGCGAAACCUGCGUUCACACGGCAGAGCUCCAGAACGGUGUCCUUCAGGAUGAUGAAGAAGAAGGAGGAAGGAGACAUGCCGUUACAGAGAAGCGCAAGUGUGCGGAUUGCAGCGAAGACCUUUGAAUCCAAUAAGAGCUCCAACCAAGAGGAGGAGCAGCAGACCCCGUUCCAGAGAAACUCCCGGCAGAGGCUGUCAUCUCGCGCCAUUCAGGAGAAAAUGGAACGACUGACUCAAGCCUCACAGAAAUGGGAAAUAUCCAAGUCCCCAGUGGUGCACAAGACUGUGUGUUUAGCGGAUGAGGUGUCAAGGAAGAGGGAGCUGUUUGAGAAAGAACAGGAGGGAUCCGACAGAAGCCAUGUGUUCUCCAAACAGGAUUUUCGCAGCUUUUCUUCAGGAAUCUCUGAUCGAAUUAAUCGCUGGGUUCAGAAGAAAACAUUUACUGUGUCAUCAUCAGCAUCUUCAUCAUCAUCAUCUCAUAGUCCUUUGGAUCUGAGACAUGUGAACAUCUCCAUUAAGAAAAGUUUGUUUGAAAGAGGACAAGACCAGGACCACAAGUGACACUCUCAUGGAUAAAGACAAAGCGAGCUUUAAUGAGAUUCAUUUGACAAUGUAUCUCUGCAGUUUCUGAAGAUUUUGAAGGAAGCUUGAUCGACUCUUUCAGACAGUGCCAAGGAUUGUCUCUAAACUCCCUUUCCUUCUGCUACUUUACGUUGGCUAACUCCUUAGCACUUUUAAGGCAUAGUACUGAUUUACAUUAUUUGGGUAUAUUCAAGGCUUAUGUUAUUGGUUGUGAAUGUGUGUACUAAUGGAUUGUGGAAUGCAACAGGACUGUAUUAUAGGGUCUUUACACAGAAACUGAACAUCACAGAGUUUAUCUGACAGCAGGAAUACAAAUAUACAGUUUCUUUGUGUUGGUGCCAGACACUCCUCUGCAUUGUAGCUUGAUAUUUGAGCUGUCGAUAAGUAAAUUAUAUGGAGAAAGAGACAUAGUCUGUGACCUCAGCCAUGACUCAUAACAAUCCAAGGUACAACUGUAAUAUCAUGAAUGUCUGUUUCAGGGAAUCUACUGGAAAUAAGCUUGAUAAUUCAUUUGUAAUGAAGUGGGAAUCAUGUGCUGACGCUCACAUAUGCUCUCACUGCUGUUGUUUCAACUUGUUGGAGACCUGAGUCAUGAAAAGGAAAUGUAAAUUAGAUGUAAUCUAAAUGAUGAAUGUGUCCUAUCAAGCCCUUUGAAAACUGUCUUUAAUCCAUUCCAGCUCAAUCAAAGCCUACAUGUUUUGUUUUUGUUCAUUUUUUCUGCUGAACGACCUGUCAUGUAAUUAUCUUUUCUGCCCAGAAGGGUUAUGCUGUAGAUGAAUACAAUUUUUAUACCAUUGGU